AAACACGUGAGUAUUAAUAUAAACAUGGUGAAGUAUACUUCUAAUGUAACAAAAAAAGAAAGCCAAAUCUUUGCUCCUUAUAGAGCUGUUGGCUUUGUAUCGAAUCAUAUUCCUUUAAAUUUAGAAGUGAAAGGCACAGAACACUUUGUUACUACAGUUGUUGGAGCUUCUUUUCAUAUUUAUAAUGCUGGAAAGUUAAAUCUUCUUUUCGUUGGAGAGCCUUUAACAGAGCAAAUAGCUGCAGUUAUUUCUGUUAAUAAUACCCACAUUGUUGCUGCUGGAUGUAAUGUCUAUCUUUUUGAAAGAGGAAAAACUAAAAAAAAAUAUGUUGAACAUCAAUCUGAUGUACAUUCUCUUUUGUCUCUUGGUGAGCAUGUUGUUUCUAUUGAUUGUUCCAACACAGUUAAUGUUUGGGAACUUGAAAAUUUAGAAACAUACGUUUCAUUUGCUCUGGAUUCUGCCCUUUUCACAGUAACCACAUGUGUUCACCCGAGUACGUAUCUUAACAAAGUUUUGUUUGGUAGUAAACAAGGAACACUUCAGUUAUGGAAUGUGAAGACUUGUAAAUUGAUUCAUGAGUUCAAAGGUUGGAAUGCCUCAGUUAUGGUAUUGGAACAGGCUCCAGCUGUUGAUGUAAUUGCAAUUGGAUUAGAGAAUGGUAGAAUUAUUCUUGAAAAUAUUAAAUUUGAAGUUACAAUGAUGACAUUUUACCAAGAGUAUGGUCCUGUGACCGCGUUGUCUUUUAGGACAGAUGGAACUCCUGUGAUGGCAUCAGGAUCUUCAUUAGGGAAUAUAGUAUUUUGGGAUCUUGAAAAAAAGCAGACAAUCAAUAUGAUAGAAAAAGCACACUCAAGUAGUGUCACUGGGAUGAAGUUUUUUCAUAAGCAACCUCUCCUCAUAACUUCUGCUCCUGAUAACUCACUGAAAAUUUGGAUAUUUGAUAAUCCUGAUGGUAGUGCACGAUUGUUCAAAUUUCGCAGUGGUCAUAGUGCUCCACCUACUCGUACCUUAUUUUAUGGUUCUUAUGGAAAUGUUGUUUUGACAACAGGUAUGGAUCAAACACUACGUUUUACAAGUAUUAUGAGAGGAGAGCAAUGUCAUGAAUUUUCACAAGGCUCCUUAAUUAAAAAGGCUGGAAAGCAUGGUGUUAAAGUGCAAGCUCUUCGUCUUCCACCAAUCACUUGCAUAGCAGCAGAAACUUUAAGAGAGCAUGAUUGGGAUAACAUUGUCACUUGUCACUUAAAAUUACCUGUUGCUAAAUCUUGGAGUACAGAAAAGCGUGCUAUUGGCAAACAUGAGUUUGGCUCUUUUAAAGCAACAGUUAAAAUCCCUACAUGUUGCGAUAUAAGUAGUUGUGGUAACUUUACAGUGAUUGGUUACAAAAAUGGAAAUAUCGAAAAGUUUAAUUUACAAUCUGGCAUUAAAAGGCUAAAAUAUGGAAAAAAGUUGUGUAAUGGUCAUACUUCCACUGUAAGAGGGGUUUGUAUAGAUAAUGCAAACAUGAUGAUGAUUUCAGCUGCUGCAGAUAAAGCUAUGAAGUUUUGGAAUUUCAAAAAUGGUAACUUACUGUGUUCAAUCAGUUUUGAUUAUCCUAUUAUGCAAACUAAACUACAUAGAGAAAGUUCAUUACUAGCUGUUUCAUUUGAUGAUUUCUCAAUUCAAAUUAUUGAUAUUGAUUCAAAGAAGAUGGUUAGAACAUUUGUUGGUCAUUCAAAUAUUAUAACAGACAUGAGUUGGAGUUCUGAUGCAAGAUGGUUAUUGUCUUCUUCAAUGGAUGGCACAAUUAGGACAUGGGAUGUACCAUCAUCAAGGUUGGUUGAUUGUUUUAUGGUUGAUACACCUGCAAGUAGUGUUGCUUUUUCUCCAACAAGUGAGUUUUUAGCCACAACUCAUCAAGAUGAUGUUGGAAUAUAUUUGUGGUCUAAUAAAGUGACAUAUUCUGGAGUUCAUCCUUCUCCGCUUCCAAAUAAUUAUGAACCAAUAUUGUUAUCAUUGCCAAAAACUCACGUGGAGACAGAUGAUCCAACAGAAAAUUUAGAAGAGCCACUUGAAGAAAAAGAAAUCACAAGCAAUGUCGAAAAAUAUAUAUCUCCAGAUCAGUUAGGAGAUUAUGUCAUAACUUUGUCUUUACUACCUGACUCAAAAUGGAAAUGCCUGACAAGUUUAGAAUUGAUAAAAAGUCGUAAUAAACCAAAGGAACCUCCAAAGAAACCUGAAGCUGCACCUUUUUUUUUACCCACAGUUGCUGGUUUAGAACUCACUUUUGACAAAAGUAAAGGAUUAACUGGCGGCCAUGAAAAUACUUCAGAAAGUCGCCUGACUGUAGUUAAAAAGUUCCACGAAGAAACUUCUUUACAAAAGUCACUUCGCGAAUUCGAAAAAUUCCCUGAUGCACACAAAGUCAAUGAAGUAAUUGAAAAAUUGAAAUUGUUAACGCCAUCAGAAACAGAUAUACAAUUUCGAACGCUCUCACCAGAGCUUGGAGGUGAUGUAGACCUAUUAACAUGUCAAAUCAGAGUAUUAGAACAUGCUUUGAAAUUAGGAAAAGACUAUGAGAUAGUUCAAGCGUAUAUUGCAUUGUUUUUAAAGCUUCAUGGUGACCUUAUAAUUAGUACUGAACAGUUAAGAACAACGGCCGCAGAUUUGUUGGAUAUGAUAAAAAAUACUUGGUCUGAAUGUGACGAACUUCUUGAUGAAUCACUCUGUCUUAUUAAGUACUUUAAGAGUGCGACGGUUUAAUAUUUUUUGAACCUUAAUACUUUAACAUUAUUCAGGGAAAAUUGUACUUUUUUUUUGAAAAAAAAAAAAAAUCACUUUU